CGAUAAACUCAAUAUAACGGUGGAGACAGGAUGUGUCAGUCAUGUUUCUGUGGUACUAUUAUGAGGCAGGCAACACACCCAACUUGUAUAAAGAUAGUUCACCUGUAGAAAAUACAGACAUCUCUGGUUGCGCAACUGGUAGUUGUGGUGGAGUAGGUUUUGCUACGCGGUCAAGCAGUCUGUCUAUACCGGAUAUUCAAGACGGCAAAGAGUAUUAUUUUCAGGUUCACAUUAGUCAAAAUGAUGCUCCAGAAAAUUACCACGAUGUCAUCAUUAAUUCUACACGCACAUACAAAAUAAAGGUAACAACUGAUUUGAACUCAAGCAUCGGACUUACCAUUGGUUUAGUAACUGGAGGUGUUAUGGUUCUUGUCGUGGUCGUUUCUACAGUAGUUAUAUUGAAAUGCCGUAUGGAAAGGAAUCGUGCUAAAAAACGCCAUAGGACAAAUGCAUUUUGAAUAGAUUGAACAAUACAGAUACAUACCUUGAAGACACGCCGUCACACAGAAACAGAUGCGAUGAACGCGAAAGAGAACAUUGUCCAUCCAGUUAUCAUACCAGGUAUAGAAGGAAACUGCAGUUUAUUAAUAGUACAAGAAGCCCAAUACAGGAUCUGUCUCUAACAAACAGAACUGAUUUUUGAGGUUGACGAAUGGUUCAUAUAUAUUCACUAUUGUAUUAUUGUUAUUUCAAUUGAUUAAAGAAUUAAACGAGAA